UCCAUAUCCAUUCCAACUUCCCAACUCAGCAUGUCCAACAGCAACCCCCCACCAAACGCAACACUGUACGUGCGCAACCUCGAAGAGCGGAUCAAGAUCCCGCAGCUGGUCGAGGCUCUGCGCGAGCUCUUCUCCGAAUAUGGCGAGAUCAUCGACAUCGUGGCCAAGACGAACCUGAAGGCGAAGGGCCAGGCAUUCAUCGUGUUCGCCGAUGUCGAGAGUGCUCAGAAGGCCCUCGAUGAUAUCCAGGGCUUCGAGCUCUUUGAGAAACCUAUGCAGAUAGCUUUCGCGCGGACUAAGAGUGACGCGACUGUCAAGCGCUCGGGCAAUGACGACGAGUUCGAGAGCCAUAAGCGCCGUCGUCUGGCGGAGAAGGACAAGAAGAAAGCUGCCGAGGCAGCAGAGGAGCAGAAGCGCCUCAGAUCUGCAGCCGUGGGCGCGCCCGACGCUGCAGCACGGCCCAUCAAGGCCACCCGUGGCGCGGGUCUCAAGUCUUCCAAUCCGGCCGGUGCGGCUGUUAUCCCUGAUGAAUACCUGCCGCCGAACAAGAUUCUUUUCGUGCAGAACUUGCCUGAUGGUUAUGAUAUCGAUGCGUUGACGGCCAUCUUUGGUAGGUUUGAGGGAUUCAGGGAGGUUCGAUUGGUGCCGGGUAGGAAGGGGAUUGCUUUCAUUGAGUACGAGGCCGAGACGGGUGCUAUUAGUGCGAAGGAAAAUACGGCUGGUAUGGCGUUGGGUGAUGGCAGUCAGAUCAUGAAGGUUACGUACCAGAGACAGUAAGGCGUUUGUUGCUACCUUUACCGUAUUGUAGGAUAGGAAAAAUUGAUGCUGGACCUUAUAUAUACUCGCUAAUCCUACAUACCUAAAGAAUUCAAGUCCUCCAAAGCCAGAAUAGUGCAGAAAACCCAUGUCCAUAGAUCAGAAGAUGACAUCCUCAUCCUCCUGUUCACCUAAUAUAUCGGGGGUACUCUCAGCAUUCUCCUUAUCACUCUCUUGCUUCUCUUGCUCUGCUGCUGCUUCUCUCUUCGCCAACAUCUCUGCAUCUUGUUGAGCAUUAUCUC